CAAGCGACUGGAAUCACAACAUUAGAUCUAAAGUCUCUGAACUCUGAAUCGUAUUGCUUAAUUGUACCCGCUUAAAUUGAGGUUUUGUGACGGCAGCGGCUUCAACCAGUCUCGGAGACGCAGCGUUUGCAGAAAAGCUGAAAUAAUUUCCGCGCAGUGUUUUAAAAGCAUGCCGUUUGCCGCUAUGAGGGCUAAGCACCAGCAGCAGCUAGCGUUAGCUGGCAAAUGGCUGCUGGGCUGUGAUGUCUGUCACUGGACCAAAUGACAAGAUGCGCCAGUGUUGAAGCUGCUGUGAGCUGUAAAAUGAAGCCAUUUGCUGACAGCAUGUGACCGUCGAGCUCCCUCUCACGCUUUCUUUUUGUCUACUGACCAAAAACAAAAGUUGGUUUCAGCCACGAUGCCUCGCCUGGAAGAGUUGGCCAACGUUGCCCUCAGGGUGCCAAACAUACUGGUUCUGGACCUCCUCUAUAAAUGUGACAUUGACAGUCUAACAGUGCAUCUCAAGGCCAAAAACGAAGACAUGCUCUUCAAAUACAAAUAUGUUCUCUGGAACAUGUAUUACCUUGGUCAUCUGAUAAACUUGGUGGUGUUGGUUCUGCCGCUGAGACACAUUGUGACGCUCUACCUCCACAUCCUCGCUGCCCUCCUUCUUUACAUGGGACAUCAGAUCUCCAAGGAUUACGUACGAGAGGAGCUGCAGUACGGCUAUGAAGGAGCAGUGUACCGUGACUCUGUAGCUUUCAACAGAUUAGUCUCUGCCAUGACGAGUCAGAUUAUUCUCAGCACCCUGUGUGCCUUCCUGAUGAAGACCAGAAAGGUGUGGUUGUUCUCGGUCCACAUGCUCCCCCUGCUGGCCCGACUCUGCGCUGCUUCUCACGCCACGCUGCUCACCGUCAACACUUUCUCCAUGGGCCUGACGGGAGCCGGCAUCGCCCUCUUCCUCCUCUCCAAUCUCUUUGUGCCAUAUCGACUCGCAAGGGCUGCCUACUCGGAGCUGCUUCACCUGGAGGUGAUCGAGCUCUACAGGCUUCUGGCUGUGGGAAUCUCUCUGUGGAACCAGUUUGCCGUCCCAGUGCUCUUCAGUGUCUUCUGGUUCGUUCUGUUCAUCGUUCAGCUGUGCUCUGACACCUUGUCCGCCGGCUCCUCUGCAGUCCAUCAGGGAAUCAUGUUCUUCCUGCUCACAAGUGUCUCUGAAUGUUGUGCCACGCCGUACUCUCUUCUGGGCCUGACCUUCGUGGUCUCCUAUCUCGCUCUCGGUCUGCUCAACCUAUGCAAGUUCUACCUGGGAGGUUACGCCGCCAUUCAGAAUGAGAACGUCAUGCACAGAGGGGUGACCGAGGGCGUCACUCUGCUCCUGCUCGCCCUGCAGACGGGCCUGUUGGACAUGCAGGCCCUGCAGCGCACCUUCCUCCUCAGCAUCAUCCUCUUCAUCGUGGUGACUUCAACCCUGCAGUCCAUGAUCGAAAUAACGGAUCCUGUCAUUCUGUCCCUGGGCGCAUCUCGGAACAGGAGUCUGUGGAAACAUUUCCGAGGCCUCAGCAUGUGUCUGCUUCUGCUGGUUUUCCCAGUUUUCAUGGCUUAUAAGAUCUCGCAGUUCUUCCUCAUGGACUUCUGGCUCCUCAUAUUGGUUUCCAGCUGCAUGUUGACCUCUCUUCAGGUUACAGGCACCAUGCUGAUCUACUCCCUCUUCAUGGUGGAGCUGUUCCGCAGCAACCCCAUCGAGAGCCUGGACGAAAUCAUCUACUGGGUGAACGCCGUCAGCCGGGUGCUGGAGUUCGUGGUGGCGCUGUGCGUGGUGGCCUACGGCACGUGGGAGUCGCUGUUCGGGGAGUGGAGCUGGAUGGGCGCCUCGGUCAUCAUCAUCCACUCGUACUUCAACGUGUGGCUCCGGGCGCAGUCCGGCUGGAGAAGCUUCCUGCUCCGGCAGGAAGCGGCCAAGAAAAUCAACUCGCUGCCCAGAGCCACGGAGCGGCAGCUGCAGGAGCUCAACGACGUGUGCGCCAUCUGUUUCCAGGAAAUGAACGCUGCUGUGAUCACCUACUGCGGACACUUCUUCCACGGCAACUGCCUCCGGAAGUGGCUGUACGUCCAGGAAACGUGUCCCAUGUGUCACCAAAGCGUCCAGCCCACGCCGCCGGGCCAGCGCCACGCCGCGGCCGACGACCCGGACCCUCCACCUCAGAGAGACGCGGGGCGAGACCCGGCCGCAGGAGAGGAAGCCCACGACCCCGACGACGCCGGAAAUCAGGAAAUGCAAUGUGAUGAUGUGACUUCUGACCCCACCGAGCAGGAGGAAGAGGAGGGGGGCUUCCAGAGAGGAGGCGAUAGAGACCAGCCGGCUGAACCCCACAGCGACGGCGUUCAGGGUCUUCGUUUCAGCUCCAGUGGGGACUUUGUAGGAUUUGUCAGCCCAGUGUUACCAGAGGAGUCAAGUCCCCCGUGUGAGGAGAGGGACGAAAACCCACCACUGCCAUCCACUUUCAAAACUGUGAGCGACAAUACAGUCAAGUCCCCGUCUCACUCUGAAUCAACACGACCUCAAGAGUUUGUUCAGUCGAGUUACGAGCCGUCGCUGGACUCCUGUGAUACCUUUCAAUCACUGGAGGGAAACAAUACUGAAAACUGUACAGGGCCUGUCCCGUGUGAGGCGGAAAGCCAAACCUCUGUCCAAUCAUGCAAUCAAAACUCAGAACUCUCGGAGAAUACGGAACAUUUUCAAAACCAUCAAGGUCACGGCACACACUCAGACCUGCUCAGAGGGCCGGAGGCCGACCCUCAGACGUCUCAGCCGUCCCUCAGAGAUGCACAACCACAGACUGCAACGACUGACCGACCUGCAUCAGUGCCUUGAAGGAAGACUUGUUCUCUGUUAGCAGGGAAUCAAACACAUUUGCCUUUUGUAUGUGAAUCAUGAGGGAAGGCGGAGAUGCUUCACGCAGCGCUGCUUGUUGGGACGAGAGCGUCGUCUUGGGAUCGUCUCCUCGCCGUUCUCAUAAUGCAGCAGAUCCACUGCCUCUCACAGGAGCUGGAGUGCUGGUGCCAAGCGACUUAGCGCUCCCUCAAAUGAGCGGUCACACAGUUUAGGCUCAUCGACAGUCUGAAACUCUGCGAGAGAUGAUGGUGCCUCCUCGACAGAAGCACAAUUCAACAUGUCUGACAGUGUGGUUGUGACUCCAGUCCUGUACAACAUGAUGGUUUAAAGGGAAGGAAGCAUUAUGAUGCUGACGCCUCGCAGGCAGGAUCGUGCGCAGGACGGGGCUUUUCUGUUUGAAGCUUUCUUCAGCUCUCAUCUCGUGAGGAGAUGUUGCGUGUUAACCCACUUCCACAGUUAACCUCACUGUGUUCCAACCUGCGGCAGUGUGACAUUCAAUGGUGAAAUACAGUCAGACGUGCUCGUGAGGUCAGGACUGAGACUGUGGGACUGUGUCUUGCCUUUCAAAGAAAUAAAAGAAUAUAUAAGACAAAGAAUAUAUAUUGGUGGUACGUGAUAGAACGUCGCUUUCCUCCACCUCGGCAUAUCCCUCAGAUGGCGGCGUCCUCGUUACAACAUGCAGCAGCGUGAUGCCAGCUCCGCAUUUUUUUCUAUCAAGGGGGGGGAAAAAUAAGAGAGAGAGUUGUAUCUUUUAGCAGACAGUGUAAUGAAUGUGAUUCGGUUUAGAAAAUAAUUUGUUUGGGCUGAAUAUGAGAGU